AAUAAAAAUUAAAUAUCUUCACAUAUAAAUUGUUUUUUUUUCUUGGGGUGCUUCAAUAUUUUUCUGCAUAAUGGAAAGAAAUAUGCAUAAGCAAGUGGCAAUAAUGAAAAAGUCCCUCUUUGAUCAGGGAUAUUUGGAUGAACAAUUCAUGGAGUUGGAAGAACUCCAAGAUGAUGCAAACCCUAACUUUGUUGAAGAAGUUGUUGCAUUGUACUUCAAAGAUUCAGCUCGACUAAUCAACAACAUAGAGCAGGCUUUGGGGCGAAGUCCUCUGGAUUUCAAUAGGCUUGAUGGUUACAUGCAUCAAUUGAAGAGCAGUAGCACGAGCAUUGGCGCUAGUAAAGUCAAGGCUGAAUGCCCUUUAUUCAGGGAGUUCUGCAGAGCUGGAAACGCCGAUGGAUGUCUAAGGAGUUUCCAGCAAUUGAAGAAAGAACAUGCAACUCUGAGAAAGAAGCUUGAAAAUUAUUUCCAGUUGGCGAGGCAAGUUGGGCCAAGGGAGACAGCAUGUAGGCCCAAGUAACGAGACAUUCGGUUUGGUCUGAAAUUUUUGUAUAAUUUUCUUUUACCAUUUAAUAAACCGUCCAAUUUCCUUUAA